AUGAACAUAAUGCCAAAGAAGUUUCGCUCCGUCCGCGUCAAAAAUGGCAGUCAUCGCCGGAAUAAGUCGUCAGAGCCGGGCCAAAAGUCCCGAACCAUGACAGCCGAGACGUUCUUCUCGAUGUUCAAACCGGACUCCGCAAGACAAGCCCAGAAGGAGAAAGAAGAGGAGGGGAGAGAGACAGCCAAGAUCAAGGAGGUUUCCCAGCUCCUCAAGGAACAAGAUUUGGAUGACAUAUCUCGCGAACAUAUCCGCUGCGCUCUGAGCUCCAGGUUCGCCGCAUGGGACCCAGACAAGGCCAUUGAGCUCUUACGCCUCCAACAGGAAGCGUCUGCAGGCAUCGUGCGGCCUUUCAACCCCCACGUCCGCAUGCUCGGCGCCGAAAAUAGGGAGAAUGUCACCUGCUAUCUCGAUUCGCUCCUCUUCGCCAUGUUCUCUCGGCUGGAUGCCUUCGAGUGCAUGCUAAAGAACGAUGCUGGAGACGAGAACCAGAGGAAGUUGGCAACCCUUAUCAGGCUGUGGGUUAACCUCCUGAGGACCGGAAACCUCAUAGAUACAGAUAUGACCCAAAAUAUCCAGGAGGCACUCGCCAGUUGUGGUUGGAAGGACGCCCAGUAUCUCGAGCAGCAGGACACGUCCGAGGCAUUUGCUUUUAUCACUGAAACCCUCCAACUUCCGCUUCUGACCCUCCAGGUCGAUCUAUUCCAUCAGGGAAAGGGGGACAAGGACGACCACAAGGUGGUCUAUGAGCGCCUCCUGAACCUGGCUGUUCCGCCAGAUCCUGACGGGAAAGGCAUCAAGCUUGAGGACUGUCUAGAGGAGUACUUCAACAACCAAGUCGACGUUCUCCGGGACAGCCUGGAGGAGAAGCACGGGGCAGAUGCGCCAUCGCUACUGAAACACCGCAGCACCAUCCGAAUCGUUGCUGUCGAAGACGACCCAGAGGUACCGGAUGGUGCCGCAACCCCGCCCUCGCAGCUCGAGGAUCCGACAUUAUUGAGGCGGUGGACAGUGCAAACGUCCGAAUCUCUUGCUUCUGGCAGCUCCCUACCUCCACCAGCACUCCGACAUCGCUCGACAAGCGUCAUUCGACGGAUCGUGGUGGACGAGGAGGGACGCGCGGAAGAAGCAGAUUCAACCAGCCUUCUUCAAAAGGCAAAGCAAACAGGAUCAACCGUGGUGAAGGCCGUCACGAUUCCCGCCUGGCAGUUCUUCCGCCUGAUACCAUGGCAUGCAACCUCUAAUUCCGAGCCUCUGAGCGAUGUCGAGGUUGCAAGCCAAUUUAACAAACGACCUGUUGUUGGAAUAUGUCUCAAAAGAUAUACCAUGACUGACCAGGGGAUCCCAAUACGACAGAACACCUUUAUAGACAUCCCCGAAAGCAUGCGCCUCCCAUACUUCAUGAAGGUGGACGACUUGAAACUCGGCCAGGAAGCAUAUGGGCUAAGUGCCGAAUACAAGCUCGUUUUGCAGUCAGUUGUUUGCCAUCGAGGCGACUCGCUCCACAGCGGCCACUACGUGGCGUUUGCCCGUGCGGCGCCAAAACUACUGACGGACAACCGGCGACACGAUCGCGAUCCUCCGCCAGACUACGAGGAGGAACAGUGGGUCCAGUUCGACGAUCUUCACGAGGACAACCGGGUUUCCUACGUGGACGACCUCAAGCAGUCUCUCCGAGAGGAAAUGCCCUACCUCCUCUUCUACCAGAUCGUCCCAAUGGUCGAGAUGGCAACCAGCUCUGCCGAAGGCUCGGUCAUCGAGCCGCCGUCGUACAACGAGUCCGCAGUUAACCCCCAGACACCCGUCCCAGAGGCCGACCGUCCCGGCUCUAUGUCCAGGUCGACCAGCGGAUAUUUCAGCUCCAGCACGACCCUCGGCCGGGGCCAUGGCCCGGGCAUCCGCUUCAGCUCUGAGCUAGAGCGGCCCUCGAGGCUCAGCCUGGACGGCGGCCCGUACCUCACGGUGAACGGCUCCCGGCGCGGCAGCGUCGCCGUCUCGGAACCGACCCUCGCCACCACCCCUGGCGCCGUCACUCCCGAAGGCCCCGGCACCCCGGGGGAGGAGUCGACGGCCACCCGGCUGUCGCGCGCGGCGGCGCGGUUCGCAAAGUCCGGGAGCAGCAAGAGCCGGCCCGGGUCGCAGGCCGGUGAGGGCCGGAUCAGCAUCACCAUGUCGCGGCUCGGGGGCCUGAUGCGGGCGAGCAGGGAGCCGCUCGUCGACGGGGUGGAGGCGGCGGCGGCGCCGCCGGAACAGCCCGAGUCGGAGGGCGGACGGGCGCAGGCCGACGGCACGACGCACAGCAGGGAGGGUGGCCGGCAUUUCCACGUCCACCCCCACCCCCACCCCCACCCAAGGAAGGACCGCGGCAAGUCGAGGAGCGGGGAUGAGAAGGAUAGGGAGAGGAGUGGCGCGAGGGGGAGGGAGAAGGAGAGUGAUAAGGAGAGUAAGACGGGCGUUCCCGAACGGGAGUGCCUUGUCAUGUGA